AACUAUUGCUCUAAAAGUCUGGUUAUAACAGGUGUGGUGGUGAGCCAGACGAUGGCUCCCACACUGGCUCCUGCUGUGAUGAACACCACAUUCAUUGAAAAUGUGACAGCGACCACCACAGUCAGUGAGACCACCACAGUCAGUGAGACCACCACAGUCAGUGACAAUGUGACCGCGACCACACCCAUGAUCCUCAGCACCACAUCCCAAGGCUGCUCUGCUCUCAACACCUCCACCUGUGAGCCCUGUGUCCCAGGGUCCUACUCCGACAAUGGUGAGUCUAGACGUCCUGUAACCUUACUUACCCUGGUCUGGCAGAAAGAUGCUUAGUUUCAGUGAAGGGGCGGCGGGUAGCCUAGCGGUUAAGAGCAUUGUGCCAGUAACCCAAAUAAUUAGUUUUAUUUCUCACCACAACCUAUAAAUUAGGUAGAAACACAGCGCAGCCAAUUGAUGCAGCACUGUAAUGUAGUUUUUACCCAUGUGACAUCUAUUUUUUGUUAAGUGGACAGUGGACAUAGGAGUUGUGUUGUUGGUGUGUAGCUUUGCCGUAUUAUUUGACUACUGAAAUUUGUCUGGCCUCUACAGACUUACUAAGUGAAAGAUUCUUUGGCUCAAAUGUAAAAUGAAGGUGGUAAAUGUUGUAAACAGCACAGCCUGUUCAAUAACAGCCUUCUGAUCUCUCCCCAGACACCCUGCUGUGUUCCUGCUGCCAUGAGCCAGGGCUGUGUAUGUUCACUGGGGCUUGCCUUGCAUGUUCCAGAGGGUUCUUUCAGCCUCUGGCUGGACAACAGCGAUGUCUGCCCUGCAGCCAGGGUUUUUACACCAAGUAAGUCUCUGUCAACUGAGGGCAUAGCUGAUUCACAAACAUUCUGCAUACCACUGUUGCAUUGACCCUCUUCCUGUUCUCCAUCUCACCUUGCAGUUUCACUGGCAGCCCUGUGUGUCAGUCCUGCCCCCCAGGCUCCUACAGCAACAACACAGGCUCCGACUCCUGCCGAAGCUGUUCUCCAGGUAUUUAUAUCAAUAUUUUUCUGUUUUGGUUGUAUAAUCAUCGCAAUAAUGACUUACUUGUUACUAUUACAGUUAUUAUAUUAUAGUGUGUUUGUUUGUUCAUCCAUGCCCAUAGGCAGAGAAAAAGGAGUGAAUAAAAAAUGAGUAACAACUGAUGAAAACAAUCAGCUCUCCUGUAUAAGAGCUGGGCUUCAGUCAUGCACAUUCAAGCAAUUCAAUUGGAUGUGUCUGGUUUUUAAAUGGAAUGUGUUAUUUUCAGGUUUCUAUACAUCAAAACAAAAUGCCACAUCGUGCAGUCCAUGUCAACAGGGAACGUUCUGCAAGUAAGUGGCCCUUAUUGUCACCUUCGAUUUGUGGUUGCUUAACUAGUGUGGUUUGCACUGCAGCGGGAUCUGCUUGAACUCUUAAUAAUCCACACAACUGUCCCUGUUGCUUGUCUGCAGAUCUAACAUCACAUGCUCCCAUCUUAUGCAACUGAUAUUACUUCCCAAAACAGGACACACACACACACACACACACACACAGACACACACAUAUUGGGUUAGUAGUAGGCAUUGAAAAUAUUAUUUCAUAAUUUAGUCAUCAGACAUGGGGUGGUGAUAGCCAGCAGUAUUAAACAGUAUUUUGUAAAUAAGUUAUUCCCUAUUCAUUGCACCCUUGUGGUCUUCCUUCCCACAGCUCUUCCAGUUGUGCUCUGUGUCAGAUCUGUCCUUCUGGUACAGAGUCUCUGCAGGCCGCUGCUAAGGAGUGCACACCUUGUCGUCCAGGUAACUGCCAGUGCCAUCCAACAAUAUUAACUAUGCUAUUUCUAAUGCAUUCAGUGUGUUAAAAUAUUAAAGGUAAAGAGAAUGUUUAAAAUGUUUUUCUGAGAAUGUUCCAUUCAAUGUAAUAUAAAGUAAAUAUUCAACUAUGACUGUAUUUGAAGUAGCUCUAUUCACAGAUGGGUUAUCUGGCACUGCAUUGAUUACAUCUAUAAACACACUAAAUGAAGGCAUGAUCUACACUGAACAAAAAUAACACACAACAUGCAACAAUUUCACAGAUUUUACUGAGUUACAGCUCAUAUCAGUCAAUUUAAAUAAAUAAAUUAGGUCCUAAUCUAUGGAUUUCACAUGACUGGGAAUACAGAUAUGCAUCUGUUGGAUCAGAAAACCAGUCAGUAUAUGGUGUGACCACCAUUUGCCUCAUGCAGCGCGACACAUCUCCUUCGCAUAGAGUAUAUCAGGCUGUUGAUUGUGGCCUGUGGAAUGUUGUCCCACUCCUCUUCAAUGGCUGUGCGAAGUUGCUGGAUAUUGGCAGGAACUGGAAAACGCUGUCGUACACGUCGAUCCAGAGCAUCCCACACAUGCUCAAUGGGUGAUGUCUGGUGAGUAUGCAGGCCAGAACUGGGACAUUUUCAGCUUUCAGGAAUUGUGUACAAAUCCUUGCGACAUGGGGCUGUGCAUUAUCAUGCUGAAACACGAGGUGACUGCGGCGGAUUAAUGGCACGUCAAUGGGCCUCAGGAUCUCGUCACGGUAUCUCUGUGCAUUCAAAUUGCCGUCGAUAAAAUGCAAUUGUGUUCAUUGUCCGUAGCUUAUGCCUGCCCAUACCAUAACCCCACCGCCACCACGGGGCACUCUGUUCACAACGUUGACAUCAGAAAACUGUCACCCACACGACGCCAUACAUGCUGACUGCCAUCUGCCUGGUACAGUUGAAACCUGGAUUCAUCCAUGAAGAGCACACUUCUGGUGAGCAUUUGCCCACUGAAGUCGGUUACGACGCCGAACUGCAGUCAGGUCAAGACCCUGAUGAAGACGGCGAGCACGUAAAUGAGCUUCCCUGAGACGGUUUCUGACCGUUUGUGCAGAACUUCUUAGAUUGUGCAAACCCACAGUUUCAUCAGCUGUCCGGAUGGCUGGUCUCAGACGAUCCCGCAGGUGAAGAAGCAUGAUGUGGAGGUCCUGGGCUGGUGUGGUUACACGACGUACGGCCAGUUCUCUAAAACGAUGUUGGAGGUGGCUUAUGGUAGAGAAAUUAACAUUAAAUUCUCUGGCAACAGCUCUGUUGGACAUUCCUGCAGUCAGCAUGCCAAUUGUAUGCUCCCUCAACUUGAGACAUAUGUGGCAUUGUGUUGUGUGACAAAACUGCACAUUUUAGUGCCAUUUUAUUGUCCCCAGCACAAGGUGCACCUAUGUAAUGAUCAUGCUGUUUAAUCAGCUUCUUGAUAUGCCACACCUGUCAGGUGGAUGGGAUUAUCUUGGCAAAGGAGAAAAUUGUGCACAAAAUUUGAGAGAGAAGCUUUUUGUGUGUAUGGGAAAUGUCGGGGAUCUUUUAUUUUAGCUCAUGAAACAUGGGACCGACACUUUACAUGUUGCGUUUAUUUUUGUUCAGUAUAAUUUGUUAAGGUAGUACACCGUAAUAGCAGAGAUUGUCAGUUUUAAAUGGAUGACAUCUUAGUGGAGUAAUCUGAUUAGGAUGUAUUGCUGAGAUGUUUGGUUUUGGACAGGUAUGCACAAGGCUCCCCGUCAGAGUAUGUGUCAAAUCUGCAGCAGCGGCUUCUUCCAGAUCCGCUGGGGCCAGGAGACCUGUAACCUCUGCCCCGAAAACCACUACUGCCCAGUCAGUACCACAGCCCUUACUCCCAGUAAACACCUCCAAUACUGAAAGUAUCCUUAAGGGAUUUCCUGACCAACUUUAAUGACCAAGGCUCACUUCAUCUGUUCCACAGAGUCCAGAUGUGAACCCCAUCCUGUGCCCUGGCGAUGCCUUCUGUCCUGAAGGCAGCACUGCUCCAGGUUACUGCAUGGAGACCUUCUUCCGCAAGGCAGGGGAGGAGUGCGAGCUGGCCCCCGUCACCAUUGCUCUACUUGUCAUUGGAGGAGGAGGUAUGUCUGAAGAAACAUGUUGAAAAUAUUGGUGUAGUGGAAGGAAAGUGGUUUGAACUUUAGGCUACAACUUAGAUGUUGAAAACCCUUUCAUAAGUGAGCAAAAAAUUGGCUUCCCAUAUUUACUUGGUUUUAGUGACCCUUUAAUUGAGAAAAGUUGUUCACUGACAUGAACCUUGUUUAUUUCUUCUAAUUGCACUAAUUCUAUGCAUUGUCUGGGCACUACAAAGUACAAAUAUCCAAAUAUAUGAUCGAAUUAUCUUGUUUAGAGGUAAUUUGAUCAAGAGGCAACAUCUUGUAGCAAAAACAAAGUGAAAUAGAAAUCAUGCUGAAGUAAUGGAGUAGCAGUAAGUGAACUUUGUAGUCUUGUUGCAUACAGUCUUUUGAUGUUGUUUUCUUUAUUUUCUCUGGUCCAGUGGCCCUACUUUUCGUCAUCCUGCUGGUGUUGCGUCGAAGGCGAGACACAGACGGAGAGCUUUCCCUCGCACGACAACCUCUGUUACGCAAAGAGCGGCCGCAAGGUCGAUACUACGGGAUACCAUGUGAUGCUGAGCCAGUAUACGCUGGUUGGUGA